CCCACGAUCGACCGCCAAUCCACCACCCCCUUCCACCUCAAGCUCUUCUACCGCCUAAACAACUACCACCACCUCUCCGACUUUGCACCUCAAUCCUCCUCCUCCUCCUAUGGCAGCCACUACAACGGCCCUACCAGCGGCCCCAACGCGAUCCGCACGCGCAGUCCACCCCCCUCCACCACCACCAACACCCUCCCCUCGCACCUCCAAAUCUACACCUGGCAAUCCUGCACCCUCCGCGAACUCUCCCAGCUCUUGACCUCCGCACUGCCGAAUCUUCUCCCCGAUCCGCCGAUCGGAACGAGACUGUGCUUCCGGCUGAUUUACCCGGACACGAAGGGCGCCGCGACGAUGGGGCCCGACGCGAGGGGUCGGUAUUUGGCUAAGGAGUUGGGGAGUGUAGUUGUUGGGCCGCGGGGAGGAUCCUCGUAUGGGAAUGAGGGUGACGAGGAGACACAGGGCGGAGGGAAGGGCAUACGGAUUCAGGGAAAUGAUGCAGAGAAGACGUUGCAGGAGGCGAGGUUCGUUAUUGGGGAUUAUGUCGAUUGUGCGGUUUUGCCUCCGUUGGAGGAUGGGUCGGUGGCGCCGCCGGUGAAUGCCGGACGGGGG